AUGCCUUCGUAUCGCGAGUUAAAAGACAAAAUCAGACUUUUAGAAGAGGAGAAAAAGACGUUGCGUGAGGAAUGUGGAGUACAAAGCUCUAAACGAAUUCACUUAGAGAGAAAACUCAUGGAGUGGCAGAGUUAUGCUGAAUACAAGGAAGAGAUGUUAGUGGCCACAAUGCAAGAGAGAGAAGAGUUUAAAAAACUGUAUGAAAAGACGAAAGCUGAAAAUAAUAUUCUGGAGUUUCAUUUGGAACGCCUUCAAAGGCACUAUCUUUUGUUGGAAAAGGGCUUUACAUCAUGGUUUCGCGUUGGCCAGCGAAUGUAUAACGAAUAUAUAUUAUUUAAAGAUGCCUACUUUGGUUUGCUGGAAAGGUAUACUUGGGAGACAAGAAGUGACACCGUGUACAAUGACAACAUUACAUCCACCCUGGCUAUCCCUUUUUCGACUAUGCAGCCUAAAGCUCCUCUCCACAGUCUACAAAACGGUUAUCUAAUGUACACAAACGCGCUGACUUCUCCAUCGCCGGCAGCUGUUCCUGUUUCAAUAAGUGCGAUCCCGCUCCAACCAGCCGUGGAUUACUGUUUCUCUAUGCUCCAGCCGAUCAACUUUGGUGGCGCAGAACGGAUUUUGAUUUAUGGUAACAACCAAUCAGAAAGUCCCGCGAUCCGUAUUGUAAACCAAAACAUGGCGCUUCUAUGGAGCCCACAAAUGCUGAUCAAACGAAGAAACCAACUUCAGAUCCUACCAAGAAAAGAAAUUGCCUGUGAACAGGCCAACGAGGAAGAGAACGAAAGAGAAAACAACGAGCACUGCGAAAAGGAAGAGAGAGUAAGAGAAAACAACGAGCACUGCGAAAGCUUAUCAGUGCAGGAUGAAGACAGUACAUCGCCCGCUAUGUUUGAGGGAAAAAGCUCCAAAUUAAAGGUAAGCACGCCAAGAUUCUGUAGCACAGUGGGAAUGGAUCCGCAAGGAAGUAUGGGGGAAGGGCCUGCAGCACAAUUUCUUUUUAUCCAUAUUAUUGAUCCAUAUUUCUCUUUCUUUCUUACUCAUUUGUAA